CCAUAAAGCUGCAGGUUGCAUGAAGUUUCCAGAGGGCCAUGUCACUCAUAUUUUACCAGAUAAGUUAUAGCUGUGACUGUACCACUGCCAUCAUGUAGGGAGCAGUAAAUGGCAGGUAGAAAAUACAACUACAUUUAUAAGCCACCCACCUGGCCAGGCUGGCUUGUUCUCGUGUCCUUGGCCCUGCGCCUGCAGACACCGACUGAGAAAGCUGAGAAAGCAGAGCAGGCAGUUAUUUAAUGGCCACGGCAUUGCGAACUCCAGGGCUUAUAUAAAGUCACAUGUGUGGCGUGACCUAAGCCAGAGUGGCUGUCUGGAAGAGGAGUGAUGUCGACAGCCAGCUCCGGGCCCGGCUCUAACACGGGGAAUCUCUGCAAUAGCUCAUCGACUGCGGUGGGCCUUUUCCCCGGGGCAGGCAGGGGUGUUAAAAAAAUAAAUAAAAUUGUUGUGAUAAUUUGUGACAGGUGGCGGACUGCUUGCCCCUUUCCCGUCCGGGGCCUCGGACCACUUCCUAAUGGACCGGCCGGUCAGUCCGCCCCUGUUCACCACCAUAUCAGGAACACAUAGCCAAUUACAUCUAUCAAGAAGCACAAUUGAAUUUCCAUAUAAGUCGAAGAGCGAUCAUCAUCUGUAAAUGUCAUCACUACUUCCAGCGACAGAUCUCCACCACCUGACCUCUCCCUCCCUAGGCCCGCCGUGAUCUUAUUCCGGACAGCAAAGAGGAGACCGGCAUGAGCUUACGACGGGUUAGUGUGAGAGCUAUGUGGGAUCUCCAUCGGGACAACCUCUAAACAUGUCUGGGGUUGAACAUUCAUCCUUGAACAUGACGAUUUCUUAUGACCAACAUGUGAAAGAUAUUACCUGGAAAUAUGAAAAUAAUGGAAAAAGAAGUCUAAUAGCAAAAAUAAAAAAUGGCAAAAUGGUUGGCAAUAUUGAUGAUGGAUUUAAGUUGUUUGAUUCAGGAAGAGUUUUGAGCAUUAACAAUCUGACGAAAAAUCAUUAUGGACUCUACAUCGCUGAUGCUACCUUAUUGAAUGAUACAACAAUUGAGGAGGAAUUUAUUGUGACAGAGCCUGAGCCUGUCCCACCUGCAGAGGUCAUACCUGAAUCCCUACCGCCGGAUGACCUAGCCAACCAUUUGUCAGAAAGGUCAUAUAUGGUUACCAUAUUCUCAAUCAUCAUAAUAUUGGUGUUUGUGCCGGUGUGUUUGUACAAAAAUUGGAAGAGAUCAUCAAACACAAUUGAACAAGAUGGCCAGAAAGAAGUCCAAACAAACCAAAAUGAAAAUGUGGCUAAGGAACGUGGGAAUGAAGAAAAUGUGAAGAUCAGCAUUGAAGACACAGGAACUGAAGAGUCCUUAUUCAUCAAAAUCCCUCACCUCUUCGACAAAUAUUCAGAACAGAAGAGUCCUUAUUCAUCAAAAUCCUUCACCUCUUCGACAAAUAUUCAACAGCUCACCAUCACCUCAGACAGCAAGAACAGCACAAACAAGAGUGUUGAAGAGAAGAUGCCCCGGGUUUAAUAAAAGUUAUGGAAAAUAUUUGGACCUAUUGCUAGGUUAUAGUACUCUGGAAGGGGUGGUCAAUAUGUCACACUCUAAAGAGCACAUUAUUUAUUUAUUUAAUGAUUUAAUGAGCGUAUUAUUGUUUAUAUAAUAUAAAAUAAAGGAUUGGGCAUAUGAUGAGUCAUAAGAUCUGAUGCCCAUGAUCCUAAACUCCACCAAGGCUACCUGUUGUGAACAGCAUAGCAUGACAUCAUGAUCAUGUGUAUACAAUGGAUCACUAUAGAGAUCAUUUUAGUCCCUGUAAUAGUCCAUUCUAUAUUCUUCUCAUAGAUCAUUUGUAGUUGCCUUAGUUGUAAAACAAAAACCCUUUAACCCCUUAAGGACUCAGGGUUUUUCCGUUUUUGCACUUUCGUUUUUUCCUCCUUACCUUUAAAAAAUCAUAACCCUUUCAAUUUUCCACCUAAAAAUCCAUAUUAUGGCUUAUUUUUUGCGUCGCCAAUUCUACUUUGCAGUGACAUUAGUCAUUUUACCCAAAAAUACACGGCGAAACGGAAAAAAAAAUCAUUGUGCGACAAAAUCGAAAAAAAAACGCCAUUUUGUAACUUUUGGGGGCUUCCGUUGCUACGCAGUGCAUAUUUCGGUAAAAAUUACACCUUAUCAUUAUUCUGUAGGUCCAUACGGUUAAAAUGA